GCAACUUCCGGUGAGGUCUCUUUUUUUACAGUUCGUAAAAUUCUUGAGAGAGAAAGCAGCAAAGGUUCCCGGGUGAGAUUGUGCUUAAGACGUCCAAUUCCCAUUUGUAGCUGGGUGAAGUGUUUAAGCCGAAAAGGAAAGGCUAGAGUCAAACAACUUAAUUCAAAUAUCUGGGAACGUUUUCGCGCCCUGCAAGAUUCUCUAGGAUUUGUUGGUCCCUGUGGGCCGGACUCACAGCGACUGACAGCUGCCGGAAGUGAGGCUGCGCGGAAUGGCCGCUGCUGCGACCAUGGCGGCAGCAGCCCGAGAGCUGAUGCUGCGAGCCGGAGCCUCAGAUAUGGAGGAGGAGGAGGGCCCGCUGGGGAGUGGUCCUGGUCUUCAGGAGCCGUUACAACUUGGAGAAUUGGACAUCUCUUCUGAUGAAUUCAUUCUGGAUGAAGUGGAUGUUCACAUUCAGGCAAAUCUGGAGGAUGAGUUAGUAAAGGAAGCUCUUAAAACGGGUGUGGAUCUCCGUCACUAUUCAAAGCAGGUUGAGCUGGAGCUACAGCAGAUAGAGCAGAAAUCCAUCCGGGAUUAUAUCCAAGAGAGUGAGAACAUAGCAUCUCUGCACAACCAGAUCACAGCCUGCGAUGCUGUUCUUGAGCGCAUGGAGCAGAUGUUGGGAGCUUUUCAGAGUGACCUCAGCUCUAUCAGCAGUGAGAUCCGGACGCUGCAGGAACAAUCAGGAGCCAUGAACAUUCGGCUUCGAAACCGCCAGGCAGUUCGGGGAAAACUGGGGGAACUUGUUGAUGGUCUGAUAGUACCCUCUGCUCUGAUCACGGCAAUUCUGGAGGCGCCAGUGACAGAGCCUAGGUUCCUGGAGCAGCUGCAGGAGCUAGAUGCCAAGGCAGCUGCAGUCCGAGAGCAGGAGGCUAGAGGGACAGCGGCCUGUGCCGACGUCAGAGGCAUACUCGACCGGCUCCGGGUCAAGGCGGUGACGAAGAUCCGAGAGUUCAUCCUGCAGAAGAUUUAUUCCUUCAGAAAACCAAUGACCAACUAUCAGAUCCCCCAGACAGCACUGCUGAAGUACAGGUUCUUCUAUCAGUUUCUGCUGGGUAAUGAACGAGCAACAGCGAAGGAGAUCAGGGAUGAGUAUGUGGAAACACUGAGCAAGAUCUACCUGUCCUAUUAUCGCUCUUACCUGGGGCGGCUCAUGAAGGUGCAGUACGAGGAAGUCGCUGAGAAGGAUGAUCUAAUGGGUGUAGAAGAUACAGCCAAGAAAGGAUUCUUCUCGAAGCCUUCCCUCCGCAGCAGGAACACCAUCUUCACCCUGGGGACCCGUGGUUCUGUCAUCUCCCCCACUGAACUGGAAGCCCCCAUCUUGGUGCCCCACACUGCCCAGCGGGGAGAACAGAGGUAUCCAUUCGAGGCCCUCUUCCGCAGCCAGCACUACGCUCUCCUAGACAAUUCCUGCCGUGAAUACCUUUUCAUCUGUGAAUUCUUUGUUGUGUCUGGCUCGGCUGCGCAUGACCUCUUCCAUGCUGUCAUGGGUCGCACACUCAGCAUGACUCUGAAACACCUGGAGUCCUAUCUCACAGACUGCUAUGAUGCCAUUGCUGUUUUUCUCUGUAUCCACAUCGUCCUCCGGUUCCGCAACAUUGCAGCGAAGAGGGAUGUUCCUGCCCUGGACAGGUACUGGGAGCAGGUGCUUGCCUUGCUGUGGCCACGGUUUGAGCUGAUCCUGGAGAUGAAUGUCCAGAGUGUCCGAAGCACUGACCCUCAGCGCCUCGGGGGGCUGGAUACUCGGCCCCACUAUGUGAGAGAGGGCGGGAUUACACGCCGAUACGCAGAGUUCUCAUCUGCUCUUGUCAGCAUCAAUCAGACAAUUCCCAAUGAACGGACAAUGCAGCUGCUGGGACAGCUACAGGUGGAAGUGGAGAAUUUUGUCCUCCGAGUGGCUGCUGAGUUCUCCUCAAGGAAGGAACAGCUUGUGUUUCUGAUCAACAACUACGACAUGAUGCUGGGCGUGCUGAUGGAGCGGGCUGCAGAUGACAGCAAGGAAGUUGAGAGUUUCCAGCAACUGCUCAAUGCUCGGACGCAGGAAUUCAUUGAAGAGUUAUUGUCUCCCCCUUUUGGGGGUCUGGUGGCAUUUGUGAAGGAAGCUGAGGCUUUGAUUGAGCGUGGACAGGCUGAGCGACUUCGAGGAGAAGAAGCCCGGGUUACUCAGCUGAUCCGUGGCUUUGGUAGUUCCUGGAAAUCAUCAGUGGAGUCUCUGAGUCAGGAUGUAAUGCGGAGUUUCACCAACUUCAGAAAUGGAACCAGUAUUAUCCAGGGAGCUUUGACCCAGCUGAUCCAGCUCUAUCAUCGCUUCCACCGGGUGCUCUCUCAGCCCCAGCUCCGUGCUCUGCCUGCCCGGGCUGAGCUCAUCAACAUUCAUCACCUUAUGGUGGAGCUCAAGAAGCACAAGCCCAACUUCUGAUGUGCCGGACCCUGGGACCCAAUGGCCUUCUCUAAUGGACUUCUGGACCCUGUCCCAGCCUCUUCGUCACCUGGGGUUUUCUAACCAGUUUUCCGCGUGCCUCCCAGGUCCUUGACAUGCCUCACCCUGCCUUCAUUCUCUGGACCCUGCCUCAUGAGGAUAAGCUGGAUCCCCUUGUUUUUAGGCUCCCAGGACCACUUCCCCCCGGGUUCCAAAACAGUCUUUAUCAUUUUCCCAAUUUCAUCACUCUUCCCCCCCACACACCCAGAUUCUCUUCCCCCAGUAAAACCUUCAGUGUCUCAGUCUCUGGUUUACUCAACUCUUGUCACCAUGUCCUGAGGCACAGAGCCUCAACUCUUGGACUUGAUGGCAAGGCAAGUCAUUGAUUUUUUUCUUCUACUCAGUGAUUUCUUUUCUGUAGCUUUUUGACCUAAGAUCUCAGAAACUUGAACACUAACCAAUCCGAUUCCUCUUGGCUUGAAAGUUACUCCAAGGCCAGUCGGCAGAAAACAAUAAAUAUUUAAUAUAACACUCUUCUCCCAUCUCCUUCCUCCCUCCCUCCUGGUCCUUGAGGGGGGGCCCCAUUUCUGCUCCAGGGUCACCUUUCUGCUGUGGCUACCUCCUGGGCUUACCUGCUGGUGAGUGUCCAGAAGGGAGAGGUACAGAAAGUAACCUUUAACCUAAAGUAACCUUUAACCUCUGCCUGCUUCAGGGCAAAGAAGUGGCUGCGUUGGUUUUAGGGAGGGGACUAGUUCAUGAGUAACCAGCCUGAUGGAGGAAUUUAUGGCAAGUGCCUCAAAAUAAAAAUAAAUUAUAUGCA